AUGCCAUCCGAGCGAUUCACUCAGAUGGUAUUCCAAACUCACGACGGAAAAAUGGCAUUCAUGACGGAAAAUGGAGUUGUCUUGGACGCAUUUGCGGUGACCGAUGAAAGUAAAAAUGACUGCGUACAUGCUCUCACUCUCAUCAGACUUGUAUCACCUGUCAUGCUGAUGGACAUCUAUCUUGAAUUGUGUCCACACAUCCACAAUAUCUACAGGCGAGCCGACGGACUCCCCAGCGUUCGAGGCGUGCCUGCCCCAGCCCGAGUCUUCAAGAUACUAUUCAUAAUCCGCUGUUCGCAGACACCACGACCGAAGGGAAUUCGCAACUAA